ACCCUUCUCUCUCUCUCUCUCUCUCUUCUCUGUAACGGUUCAGUUAUCCAUUGAAGGAGAGCAGAGAAAAGAAGGGGAAAAACACAAGUUUUCUAUUCAUUUUUUAGUUUUACAUUAGAUUAUUUUGUAGAAUCUUUGAAUCUUUAGGGAAUGGGGAAACUUAUCUGUGAUUCGACGGCUUCGUCGCCGGUGAUUCCAUGGAGGGACCCCACCUCCACCCCCUCCAACCUCGAUUCCAUCGAUCUCGUUGACCAGAUGUCGGCAAACGCCGCCGUGGCAGCCGCCGCCACCACGCCGUGGGAGAAUGUUUCUGGGUUGGAGGACCAGCAGAGGAGGAACCUGAUAAAGAUCCAAGCCAAGGGCGUCCUGUGGAAGCACCCAAAAGAUCAGAGCACGUCGGCCGUUUUCCGGCUGAGCCACGGCGGCGAGGUGCAGUCCGACGGAAACUGCCUCUUCACGGCAUCCAUUAAGGCCAUGGGGCUUCCCGCGGCGUCCACCGCCAGAGAUCUGAGACGGCGGACGGUGCUCCGGUUCAUGGAGGAUUUCGGAUCGGCGAGCAAUGAGGAAAGGGGAAUGAUUGAAUCGGCUAUUAAACACAUGUACUCGCCAGAUCUCAAUGCCGGUUGGGGCAUUCACGUUGUCCAAGAACUCAAGCUAUUAGCCAAGAAAGAAGACCGGGAAUCUCUCGACUCGGCCAUUAAUGAGCUCGUUCAGCUCGGAAUGCAGAGAGAAUUGGCUGCGGAAUCUAUAUACAAAGAAAGAUGUAUAGCUGUAGAUGAUGGCCCAAGCUGGGCAAAAUAUAUGUUAAUCUCUGGUUCCCCUGAAGAUGAAUACAAUAUCAUCAACUUGCAAUACACUGAGGAGGGAUUGUUGACUAUAGAUGAGAACAGAUACGGACAUGCUGCUGCUUUCGGUGAUGACAUUGCAAUCGAGUGUCUCGCGACUGAGUUUAAACGGGAGAUUUUUGUGGUUCAAGCACACGGAUCUGAUGCAAUGGUUGAUGAAGAUAAUUGUAUUUUCUUCCUCCCACACCGUCCGAGAAGUGAAAUAUGCGAACCCCCCAUCUUUCUAUUCAUGAAAGGAACAGGGUGGUGUGGAGCUGGAGCCGAUCAUUACGAGCCCCUCAUUGCUCACCCUUCGCCAUUUUCCCAGGAGAAGGUUGCUCUUGUACUUUAGCUUAGAGAGAAGAAGAAACUCAGUGUUCUCAGCUUUGCCUUGCCGCCAUUCAAAAUUUUGUUUCUCUAGUUGCAGAGGAGAGAUUGUCCAUUCUUGUGACAGUCAUCAUUUUUUUUUCCCCUUCUUUUUGGUUGUGAGUGGAGUGACUGUGUGUGGAGAACGGCUUGCCUGUCGCGAUAGUCGGGCGAUUAUUCUUUCCGGCUUUUGUUGUUGUUGUCAAAUGUAACCAUUCAUCUUUGAGUCUUGUUGUAGUGCUAUAUGUAGGCUCUAUUCCUUCCAGGUGAAUCAGUCAGUACUCAAAAGUAUUUCUGGACUUGGUCUAAAUAAUAGAUAUGAUUUCUC